GGCGGCAUGCGGGGCGCUCGCAAGCGGCUCUGCUCCGCCCUGCUCGUCGCUUACGGCCUCUUCUCUCUGUACGCGGCCUACACCGUCUUCCUCCGACCCCGCCGCCCGGCCGCCUCCCGCCCGCCGCACAGGGACCGCCACGGCCCGCGAGGUAUCGAUCAUGUUUCUUUGGGAAAUGAAGAGUGGAACCCGUGGGAAGCUGAUGAGAAAAGCGAACAGGUUGCUGCUCAGCAGAGAUACGAAAAUAUUCUUAAGCUGGUACAAAAUGCAAGGUCUCAGCUAGAACAGACCAGUCUAAGAGUACAGAUCUGGGGAAAAGCAGCCAUUGGUCUUUACCUAUGGCAGCAUAUUUUUGGAGGGCAUCUUGAGCCAGCUGAUGUGACUGCACAGUGGAGAGAAGGAAGCCAAAAAGCAGGAAAAACACAUUUCAGCUUCAUCACUGGUCCAUCUGUAGUUCCUGGCUACUUCUCAGUUGAAGCGGAGAAUGUUGUGCUGGUUCUGAAUGGAAGAGAAAAAGCAAAGAUCGCUUACGCCACUCAGUGGUUGCAUUAUGCACAAACAUUGCUUCAGACUCACAAGAUACAGCACGUAGCGGUUGUGCUGCUUGGAAAUGAGCAGUGCAACAAUGAAUGGAUUCAACCAUACCUGAAAAGACAUGGAGGAUUUGUAAAUCUGCUCUUUGUAACGUACGACUAUGCAUUGGUAAAUGAAGAAGAUAUUUUCCAGUGGCCUUUAGGAGUAGCUACCUACAGAAAUUUUCCGGUUGUAGAGCCCAGCUGGUCAAUGCUACACGAUGCAAGGUCCUAUCUCUGUAAUUUCUUAGGAACAGUUUACAAGAACUCUUCUAGAGAAACCCUGAUGGAAAUUCUGAAGCAGGAUGGGUUUGAUAAGCUUUGCUGGAUUGCAGCCAGAGAACAGUGGCAGCCUCAGGAAACAAAUGAAAGUUUGAAGAACUAUCAAGAUGCCUUGCUGCAGAGUGAUCUGACAUUGUGCCCAGUGGGAAUAAAUACAGAAUGUUACAGAAUUUAUGAAGCUUGUUCAUAUGGAUCUGUGCCUGUUAUAGAAGAUGUAAUGACACGUGGUGAUUGCAGAAAUUCAUCAAUGUACCACAGUGCUCCAUUACAAUUAUUAAAAACCAUGGGGGCUCCGUUUAUCUUUAUUAAAAACUGGAAGGAGCUUCCUGCUGUUUUAGAGAAAGAAAAAAAAAUGAGCUUACAAGAAAAAAUUCAAAGAAGAAAAAAGCUUAUAGAAUGGUAUCAAAACUUCAAAGCAUGGAUGAGACAGAAAUUCAUUAGUACUUUGGAAAAUUCAUUCCUGCCCAGCGAUAAAGGAUAAAUGUUCCCUUUUGAAAAUCUAGAAUAGAUUGAAAGCUUAAUUUCAUUAACCUUCUGAGGAAGCUUUUAUACAAAAAAAAUCCCAAAAGGUGGGUGCGUUCUGUUUGAAGUCAACAGAUUUGGGCUAACUUAGCCAUCAGCUAUGUUUGGCCUUCCAUCCGUGACAAUUGUCAGAGAGGAUGUUGAUUUAGAGGGAUGGUAGUCUGUAAGGAUAACAACCAUUUUAUGACUGUUCUGUAAGUUCCACGUUGAUAUGUGACGUGGGAAAUUUUUGUAAGGAAACCAUGUCUGAGCAUGUGAGCUUGUUAAAUCCAGCAUGAGAACAACAGUUGUUUCUGAAGAAAAGGAAGGGAAAGCUGUAUUGUACAGAAUAAUGUAUUAUGAGAACUAAAAGAAAGGGUGGCUGUAGCAAAAUUGCCGGGUUUAGCAGUCAGUAAUGUGUCUCCUGGUAAGUACUGACUUUGACAAUGUGAACUGUUUACUUGAUUGAUGUGUUUCAUUUCCAUGGAAGUGGUCAUAAAGCUGAUUAAACACUGUGGAAUAAAAACAUGUAUUUCCAGGUGAAAGUUGAGAACUAUUUCUUAGAAAUAUUUCAUAGCAAUCUAUUUCCCAUUUAAGUUCAGAUACCAAAAUCUCUUUCAUUUCUCGUUAGUUUUAGGACAUACCUUUCUGAAGCUCUGCUGAGAGAGCAUUCGUUACCUGCAGUUACAGCUGCACAUCCUGAACGUUUGGCCUUAAACAUGAACCUGCGUGUCGUGUAUGUGAUUACUAAAAAUCUGCUGGAACUUGUCAGCUCCAGAC